AUGUUAUUUAUUUUCCAUUUAUUAUAAAUCUGCAUCUCUAGCUUUAGCUAUAUCAAUGAUUAGACUCGAUACUCAGUUGAUAGCGAAUGGGACAACCCAUUUUAUAGUUAUGGGGUUGUUUCAAAAUUAUGCCCAUUAGGAGCAAAAUACUACAUGUAUGAAUCGAUGAAUACUGAUAUUUACUACUUUUUGUCGAGCGCAAAAUUAUUGGAAGGAGGUUUAUUCUAUCUUCAUUAUGUCGAAUUAUCAAAUUCAAGAGAAAAAAUAAUUCACCAUCUGUAUUAUUACUAAGAAAACUAAUGGUUAUCGAAUGAGUUUAUUUUUAAUUUAGAAGAGUAUGAAGGUUUGUGGUAUUAACAAUAUAUCAAUUACGAUGUUAACUCAAAAUUAUUAAAUUUAGAGAUGAGGUGGGGAGACCAUAAAAAAUCAUUAAAAUCAUAUUCAUUUUAAGAAUUUAAGUACUCAAAUAUCAAUUUCGUUAUAGGAGGUUCUUAUUAAGUACUUUGUCAUUAUCAAUUAUAGGUUGUGCAUCCAAUUACAAAGUAUAUGCUAAAUUUAAAAACAUUCCCAGGUCAAUUAUUAGCAGCUGUUAGUGUUUAUGAAAGAGAUAGGGAAGACGCUUGGGAUAUAUUCUCUGAGAUCAAAUGUUCAGAUAAUACAGUUUUGCUAUUAGGAUAAUUAGACAUGAAAGAAUUUAACUAGCACCAAAUUUAUAUGAUAGAAAAUUAGAAUUAAAAAUAUUAUAAAGUAACAUUUUGGGCUAAGAUUUAAAAUGACUUUGAUCCUGAAGUUGAUCAUAAAAUACAUGUUUUACGAAUAGUUGCUAACCGAUUUACUACUGAUUUUUAAGCUACAGGAUCUAAUUCUUUUAUUUUAUCUUAUAUGUAUUAUUCAGAAUAAAAAUAAUGGAUGAUUAGAAUCUAAUAUUAUUCUUAUGUGUUACCAAUCAUAGUAUAAUUUACAAAUAAUAAUGAUCCAUUUUAAAAAGAAGACCUUAUUUUUGUUUAAAAUCAUUCUCUAUUAAGUACAUGGCAUUUUAUUCAAGUUGAAUAUGAUCCAGAUACUUUAAAUUUUCAUUUAAUUAAUAAAAAGUAAGACAAGAAAAUAGAAAAGAGGUAUACAAAUGUGAAUUAAUUUUCAAAUAUAUAUUAUCGUUUAUUUUUUGGUGGAUCAAGAGAGGAUUUUAGUACUUUAGGUAGAUCUUUUGGAUUGAUUUUGUUUUAUGAUUGUAAUAAUGAAAAUAUCUAAUGUCAUUAUUCAUGCUAAACUUGCAUAGGGCCAUCUUAAAAUUAAUGUUUAAGUUGUCCAGAGUAAAAAAAUAGAAUUUACAAUGAAGUUGAAUAAACUUGUAGAUGCAAGGUUUGGUAUUCAGAAAAAUCAGAUUUUACUUGCUAAUUUGUUACUUAAAAUCAAGUUACUGUGAGUCUAAUAGACGAAUAAGAAGAAUAAGAUUAGGAAUUCUGUAAAUUUGGAGAAUUUAGUUUUGAUUAAAUGUGUUUUUAGUGUCCUUCAGCAAGUUAACACAAUUAGGUCAUCUGCGCAGAAUGUUUAAUGAGACCCAUUGACUGGGUUCUAAAAAGUACUAAUUGCAAAAAUACAUAUUAUUUGUUUGAAUCUUCUAAUAAUUUUCUUAAAAAACGUAAUGAUCCUGAAAUAACAAAUAUAUAAUUUUUAUUUGAAAAUGAAUAAUUGAUUCCAUGCAAAGGAUGCUUGCUAUGUAAUUAAUUUCAAGAUUAAGAUUGCUAUUUAUCUAAUUAUAAACAUUUGAAUUAAUAAACCUAUAUAAAAUGCAUAGAUAAUUACAUGUUUGAGAAUGGUGAAUGCUUUUAGAUAAGAGUACUUAAGAUUAAAAAUACGGCUUGCUAAAAUAAUUGUAAAUAUUGUAAUGAAGAACUUUGUUAUGUGUGUUCCAGUUAAACUUAAUAUUUUAUAAAUUCUAAGGGAUAAUGUUAAUAAUGCUCAAUUUUACAUUGCAAAUAUUGUUUUUAAUAUAAUUAAUACAAUAUUAAAGAAAAUUCAAUCCUUAAUGAUGCAUAAAACGAAGGUUAGGUUAAUGAUGAUUAUGUAAUUGGAUGCGCACUAUGUUAACAAGGAUAUUCUUUCUCAUUCAAAACGAAUUUAUGCAUUAAAAAUAAAAUUGACAAUAAUUGUUUAUAUUAUAUAGACAGCGAUGGAGAUACUAUUUGUUAUGCUACACAAUUUGAAUUAUUGGAGAACAAAUUUCAAUAAAUAACUAAUUGCUAAGACAAGAUUCCUAAUUGUGAAUAAUGUAUUUAUAACUUAUUUGAUUUAAUGGUGUGCUUAUAAUGUAAGGUUGGAUAUUAUAACAACAAUCUAAAUGGGUUAUGCAUUUCUUGUAAUGAGAAAUUUGAGAAUGUUUAAGAAUGUGAGUUAAAUAAUAAAAUGCUCUAAAGGUAUAAAUUAGAAACUAUAGGAUACUUAUAAUAAUUAACUUAAGAUUUUUAUGGUUUGAGCCAAUUAUUUAGAAACUAUGACCAAGUCUUAAUCACCUAAUGCUCAAAUAAUCUAGUUUUAGAUAUUUAAUCCAAUAAAUGCAUAUCCCCUUGUUCGAAUUGUGAUAUAUGUGAAUAAAUUGAUGGAGAAUAAUAAUGCCUUAAGUGUACUACUACUUCAGAUGAAUAUAUUGACUUUUAUUCGUAAAUUUCUGGUAGAUGUUAUCAAUGCCCUUAUCCAUGUAGAUUUUGCCUGCCACUUGACAGCGAUUUGGUUCAUAAAUAUAAUCCAUACUUUCUACUUAAUUCAACAAGCAUUAAAUAAACUCAUAAAUGUCUAUUAAACUUUAAUAAUAAUUUAACUUAUAUUGAUCAAAGAAGUGGAUUAAUAUAGCCAUAUAACAACGAAACAAAAUUGAAAUAAAAAUUUAUAAGUAACAGCCAACAAAAAUCUAGUUCCAUAUUCGAUGGUAACUUUAUUUUAUAAAAAAGCAUAUCAAACUAUUAUUAUAUUAUAGAAAACAUGAUUCCACAUUAAGAAAAUCUUUUAAAUGAUUAUUAUGCCUUAAAAAAUUACACAGCCACAAUUAUUGUUGAGGCUGAUAUGACAGGAUAGGGAUUUGUUGAACUCUUCAACAUAACUAACUUUCACAUAUUCAAUAGUCUUUAUAAGCUUAAGGGUUCUCAUAUUGCAGUGACAACUGUUUAUGGUGUUGAUGUGAUUGUUUAGAAUCUAACAAUACGAAAUGAAAUAGCUAAAAAUUUCUUAACUAUUAAUUUCUCAUCUGAUUUUUAAAUUAGUGUGCUAUCAGUGAAAAAUGUAUAUUUAUAUGAAUCAACCAUCAUAACAAUAAAUAAUUUCGUUAAAAAUGCCUCGAUUUAAAUGAACGAUUUGUAAUUUAAAAAUUGUACCUUCUAAGAUAGUUAGUUUUUUUAUUUUGCAUCUGAUAAAUUUAAUAAAAUAUUGAUUAAAUCUGUUAAGAUCUAGAAUUGCACUUUUAGAAAUAGUCUAUUCAUAAAUUAAUUAUUAUAAAAUCGUAAUUAACAAUAUGUGAUUGAAGAAUUUUUAAUUGAAGAUAGUUUUUUGGAUAAUAGUUCAAUUUUCUUUAUAUCAAAAUCUUAAGAUAUGGUUUUAAUUCGUAGUGUAAAAUUAUUGAAUACAUUCUUAAAUAAUUCAACAAUAAUAUCUACUUUUUCUUCUGUAAACUUAGAGACUGUUCAAAUAGUAGAUACAAUUGCAAUUAAGAGCAGGAUCUUUUAUCACUAAUUUGAAUCAACCUAAACUUUUUUUUUAGUUAAUCAAUUAUAAUGCUAAAAUUUACAAUUAAAUGGAACCAAUAUUCUAUAACUAAUAUCUUUAACUCAAAAUAUUAAUAUAGACGUAAUUAUUAAGUAUUCUAAAUUUGAGAAGAUUGAUUAAAUAUAUUCUAAAGGAAAAAUAAGUGAUAAUUUUUUCUUUUAUAUUCAAAGUGCAACUUAUAUGCAAAUCAUCUCGUAAUCUAAAAUGAUGUGA